UCUGAGAAAGAGAGAGAAGGAUGCCGACAGAUUAUUCUCUUGCUUUUUGGACUUUCCUCUUUUUCUCUUCUGGUUGGCGGUUUUGGAUUGCUUUACUUCCUUUAAAUCUGUCCCUAUGCUUCUGAUCUCAUCUCUCCGGAUGGUAUUUGAUACGCUGAUUCCAGAGUUUUUUCAGCCUUAGUUAGCCCCCCGUAUUAUCUCUCAUUCUAAUCUGAUGGUGGGCUGUUCCUUCUUCCAUGUUUCAUUGUCACUGUCAUCAUCUCGUCUCUGCACCAUUAAUUUCUUUGUGGUAUUACAAUGCCAGUACUGGAGAGGCUCUGGGGUCCAGAUCUCAGGAUGCAGGACUCUGGUCUCGGUGUCGGGGUCUGUCCCGACGAGGUUCCUGGCUCACGAGUGUGGACUCCUUCUGUUGCUUGUGCUGGCCUGUCGCUGGCUCUGGAAAUUCCCACUCUGAUCCGGCAGCUCAGGGCGGCCUGGAGAACUCGCAGGGGAGACCCUCGGGGGCCGGAGAGAAGUGAAGGCAGCAGUUGGGUGGAAGAAGAGCAGGAGGAGGUUGAGAAGGUCAAAGAGAUCAAGCAGGUCACAGACGACAGCAAUACACAUGUGGAAGCUGAUGGCAGGCUGAACGCCGGUCAUGCUGGUGUGUUGCUGGCUGAGAGACGAGGUUCUUACCCACCGAUCGAUCUGAGGAUCCUGAAAACAAAUUCACGGCCAGGGGAGGUCGAGUCUGGCACAAGGAGGAAGCUGAAGCGUCUGUUAAGCUUCCAGAGAUACUGCCAUGCCUCCAGGUUGUUGAGGGGAUUAAUGCCUCACACUCCCGGGACCCUGCACUUGCUGGAUGAUGACUACUUGGGACAGGCAGCUCACAUGCUCUCAAAAGUAGACACAUGGAACUUUGACAUUUUCCUCUUCGAUCGUCUUACAAAUGGUAACAGUCUUGUGACUCUGAUGUGCCAUCUCUUCAAUGUUUGUGGAUUGAUUCACCACUUCCAGCUGGACAUGGUUAAACUACACAGGUUUCUUGGAAUGGUGCAGGAAGAUUACCAUUCCCACAAUCCAUAUCAUAAUGCCGUUCAUGCUGCUGAUGUUACUCAAGCCAUGUACUGCUACAUAAAAGAGACCAAGCUGGCAGAGCAGCUGACUCCUCUGGAUGUGUUCUUGGGUCUGAUGGCAGCAGCAGCUCAUGACGUGGAUCACCCUGGAGUCAACCAGCCUUUUCUCAUUAAAACCAGACACCACCUGGCGUCCCUCUACCAGAACACCUCUGUGCUGGAGCGCCACCACUGGAGAUCCACUGUGGGUAUGCUCCGAGAGUCUGGUCUGCUGAGCCACCUGCCGGCUGACAUGUCGCAGGACAUAGAGCAGCAGCUGGGUUCUCUCAUCUUGGCUACAGACAUCAACAGACAAAACGAAUUCCUGAUAACUCUCCGAGAGCAUCUGGACAACCAGGAUAUGGACCUUCAGCUGGCCACACACAGGCAUUUCAUACUCCAGAUUGCCCUGAAAUGCGCUGAUGUGUGUAACCCGUGUCGGGAGUGGGAGCUGAGCAGGCAAUGGAGUGAGAGGGUGUGUGAGGAAUUUUAUAGGCAGGGUGACCUGGAAAGGAAAUUUGAUUUGGAGAUCAGUCCUUUGUGUGACCAACAGACCGACUCUGUGCCAGCCAUCCAGAUUGGUUUUAUCUCCUACAUCGUGGAGCCUCUGUUUGAGGAGUGGCAGCGGUUCACUGAGUCCAGCAUGCUCAGCCAAAUAAUGAUGGGGCACCUGCACAAGAACAAGGCUUGCUGGAGCCGACUCAGAUACGUACACACACUUCCAGAAACAAAAACUCACCCCCAUGCCGAAGAGCCUGAGCCUCAAGGAGGACAAGAGGAGGCAGAGGACAUCCCAUAAUGUCUCUCUUAUUGCUCUGAUGGUUUUUAAUCUCCGGCAUACAUGGAGGGGAGACGUUUGAAUCCAAAUCCAUGUUUAUUCUCCAGCACGUUUGUUUCUCAGCUGGUUGCCCUUACAGUGAGAGCACUGGAAGGCAGUGUGGCCAGGAAACAAGAAAUAUAGCUCCCCCUGGUGGAGCUGUGGUUGAAUGUAGCAUUGCAGGAGAAACGGAAAUGGAAGUGGAUUCACUGAGGAGCAGAAUGAUCUUAGUAAGAAAAACAAAUGUGGACAUGCUUUUGUUUGUAACUUUGCGCUCAAAUAGAACUAAAAGGUUAACUAGUUAACAUGUGUUAACUGAGGGUUCAGAUGUGAAUUUUGACAUGGGUUUAGCUGGCAUAAUAGUGAUAAGAACAAUAAAAAUGAGACGUAUAUAAAAGCCAGCUGGACUUUGCUGAAAAAAUAUGACAGAAUAACAAUUUCCUCACAUCCUUUCUUGUUUUUAAAAUUUAAAAAUGCUUGCACUCUUGUACAAUGUUUUUUCAUGUCUUUAUCUCACUUGUCUACCUUUCACUGAAGUGCGUUUUUAACUCUAAGCUUUGAGUCGUUAUGUCGAGGUACUGUACACUUUAACAUCCAGCAUGUUCUCGGUGUAAGACUGACUCAGAUCAUCAAUUUAAAUAAUGACUCACACUAAAAGUGGCUUAGGUCAGUGUUGCCAGCUUGAUGUUUCAUUGUUGAGCUGAAUCACCAACUUGAAGAGCCAAAUAAUAAUAAAAAAAAAAAGGUUUAUCUUCAUAUUAGAAGUUGUAUAAACUGUAUAUACUGUGAUGGAUAACCUGAACACUUCACAUGCCAAAACCUUUUUAUCUCUGUACUCUGUAAGUCACUUGAAAGUGUAACUCUUUUCACUUUUCUCUAAAAGCCAACUGGAUUUAAUCACAGCCUCACUUUACAAGGUCAUACACAACAAAGCCUUAACAGCCGCUUGGUCUGUCAGUUAAAAAAGAAAAAAAAAACUUAAUAGGGUUUUCUGAACAAUAUGUUUCAUAUUAAAGUUUCUGCCUCUUGUUCUUCAGCCAUAUCAGCACUGAAACACAGGCUCAGUACUGUAGCAUCUUGUUCCUGGUUGGUUUUUCACUCAGUAUCAGGGUCAGAUUUGGCAUCUCAGAACUGUGAAGUAAUGCCAAGGUGUUGGUGUACUUUUAUAACACAUUAGCUCUGCUAUGUAAGGUUUUUGUUUUAAAAAUGCUUCCAUCUUAUUACACUUUGAGCAGGUCCUGUGUGGUGUAUUUCUUAGGUUGAUGAAGAAACAACGAUGUCUUUACUUAAAAUCUACAUUAGCUAGGGAUGUACUGAUUUAGGUUUUGUGUCCAAAUUCCAAUUUUUGUUUUUGUACAGCUCUGACAUGGCCAGUGCUGUAUACCAUUCUGCUUUUAGCUAGUUUCCAUUUCUCAUUUAAUUAGAAAAUAUAAGUAUUCUAAAUAUUUUUUUAGCCUUCUAUCCUUGUGUAUAAAACAUGGGUUGUUAUUUAACAGGGUUCACAUUUGUUUUAGUGCAAAAAGAAAUUAUAUGAAGUUCAAAUUUUAAGCUGCCUUUAGCACCCUAUAUUAGCAGCUGGAAUAGUUAGCAUUCAUAGCUGUGAAAGCCCUAGAGCAGUGCUUCUCAAACUUUAACUCCUCAGUAAAUGUUACGUUUUCCAAGUACCUCUGUCUUUAUGAGAUGUAGUUGGACUUUUUAAGUUUGUUGUGUUAAAUCAUCAAAACAAAAGGGAUUAAUCACCUCACUCUGGUAAAUAAUGAAAUGCAAAACAGGUGAAAUUUCCAAGCUUUAUGCUUGGAAAAAAUUAACAAAAAUGCUAAUUGAAGUUUGGAGUUUCUCACAUACCUUGACUUCAGAAUCCACUAUGCUUGUCUUUCACAUACACCAUGUUCUUAGAUUCUGUGAAAACUGUUUAUUUUCACCUCUAACAUGUGGUUAUUAGUUUAUAUUAGUAAUAAUACCUUGACUACUUGAUAUUGAUAUCAUAAUACUUAGAAAAUCCCAUUGGUUUUCAAAACUCAGAAAGUGGUGAAGUUUUGGAAACCAGUAUGGACAAUAUGGUCUUAAAAUUGUCCAUUGCAAUAUGUGAUUAAAUUGACAUAUUACUAUUUUAAGCAAUAUGGGCUUAAUUGUAUCACCAUAUUUUGUCAUAUUUAUUGCAACAACAUUAAAGGCCUUUAGCUACACCAUCUACAUUAAGCAGUGCUGCUAAACAGCGUGCAAGUAUCAUAAUAAUUCUUAUUUUAAAAUACUGAUAUUCGUUGAUGCCCUAAUAGUAUAAGAAUAGCGAUCGCUAUCAUUUUGGGAUUGGGUUGGGAGUGUUUGCAGCACCAGCUCAUAAAUCACAUUUUAUACUGCAAUAUCCCCCCCACUAACAAUAAAUUAAAUGAUAAUAGGCGAUCCCUACUUGGAACUGGAACAUGUCUGUUGGGUUUGAUGUCAAUCCCAGAUUUACAUCUUGACUCCAAAGGUAAAGGGAACAUGAUGACCAGAGGUACUUCUACUCCAGUUUGAGAAUCAUUGCUCUAGAGAACAAAGUAGCCCAUUAUUUGCACUCUGAUAUUUACAAAGGGCUGCCAGCAUUUAAGCAUGUUCAACUUUGCUGUAAUAUCUUCUUCCCUUCUGCCCAAACAAUCCCUGUUUGCAGUCUUCUCUCUACAGAAAACAAAAAAAGCAAUAUUUUUAAUGCUUCCUAUGCUUUUUGUGCUUUCUCUGAUAUUGUUUGGAACAUCUCAGUGUUACUGUACAUAGCUAACUAUCACUCUUUUUUUAACAAGUAACAUAUUCCACACCAAAUUGUGAAUCCAAACACGAUAGUGUUUGUGCUGUGUUCUUAUUCUGUUUAUACUCCAAAGUCACAUUUUCCAAGGUCCCGAUUGGAAAUACAACAAAAACACCACCUGAAGUUUGAAUUCCAACUUGGAAAAUCAGUGAUCUCUUUAAAGUUAUUGAGCUAAAAAUUACAAAUAAAGCUCUUUUGCAUAAUAAACAUAGUUAAAGUUGUUGGGACACACUAUUGUUAGUACUUCUGAUGGUUGGUAUCUACCAUCAGUCAUAUCACUAAUAUAAGCUGUAUAUUAGUGAUAUACAUAGAGAUGUUAAACCUUUAUUUGUAAUCUUGUUACCUUUAAUGUCUGAAAACAUAAAAAGAUGAUAAAUGUAUUAUUGGAAAGUACUGAUUCUAGAAGUUGGCUCUGCAAAAAUAAAUUGCAAAUCCCACUGGUUUUGAGACAUGCAGCUAACAUAUACAAGUAUAGUUAGACAUUAUUUCGACAUCUUAUUUCAAACCUAUGGGAUAAAUCAAACAGCAAUAGCUUUGGUCUGUUCACUGACUGGGAAGCUAUCAGACUGUUGAGUUUCCAGAAGUCUAUCACUGUUCAAGUUAAAUAUCAUCUAGAUCUGGUCACUAGCCAAUUCCUAUGUGCAACUGUAUUUAUUUGCUUCACUUAGUGUUAAAGUAUAUGCUACCUUUUACUAUAAACAUUGGCUAAAAAGAUAUUUAUGGGUAAUAUAUGUUUAACACCCAUGGAUGCACUGAGCCAUGUGAAAAUAAGGCUUUUGAUAGCAGGUCAUCCAGUAUUUGUAAAUACAAGUAUAGAAUAUAUGUAUGAUUGCCUCCCUGCUUUAAAUAUUGUAUAGAGGUUGUUGAAUUUAAGAUUUGUUGCCAGCAGAAUAUGGUAUAAAAUUAUGAGCUUGACGAGAAAUGCUUGGUUAAAGUUAUACAAUCUGCAAUAACUGCCCCAGUUAAGAGGUGCAGUGCAAUAACGUUAAACUCCUGUGUAUAGUUCUGGCUUGUAAACUUAUGUCGGUUAUAUAUAGCUAUAUAUGUCUUCACCA